UCUGCGCCAUGUUCCUCAUUUAUCUGCUUCCAAUCCUCUCAAUCCUCUACUUCCUCUAUACCCGCCUUACCUCUCCACUCUCUAAACUCCCUGGUCCCUUCUACACAAACUUGACCUCACUCUACCUCAUCUACCAAGAAUUCGCCGGCAAUCGAAGACUCUACAUCGACUCUUUACACACCCACUAUGGCCCCGUCAUCCGCAUCUCCCCCAACGAAUGCAGUUUCUCCAGCUACCAAGCCAUGAAAGAGAUCUACACCUCUGGCGGCAGUGGCUUUGACAGAACAGAGUUUUAUGAAUUGUUCAUGCAGUUUGGAACCAAGACGCUGUUUUCCAUGCCACCGAGGAAUGAACAUGCUCAGAGGAAAAGAAUCCUGGCGGAUAGAUAUGCGAAUAGUAAUAUCUUGAGGACAGAGACGGUACAGGCAUUGACGAAAAGAGCGAAGAGGUUUUUGGAGAAUUGUUUGAAUGAGGAUGGGGGUGAUGCUGAUGUUUAUCAUUUGUUUGCGCCUUAUGGCACUAACUCGCUGUCUGAUCCUGAAGAUUUUAAGAUUAUGCAGGAAAUGUCCUAUGCAGAUAGUCUGCGAGCCGAAUUCUUCGACAACCUCAAUUCGAAACGUUCGCGAUCAGUGCCUUUGGCCAACGACUUCGUGCUCGAAGCAGUUCACAAAGCCAACCCAGCUUCCUACUCACUGCUUUCGAAACUACAUUCGAAGGCUUCGGAAUUGGAAGAUUUGUCUGCCGCAGCGGAGUGUAUGGAUCACUUGGCUGCUGGCAUCGAUACCACUGGCGACGGUCUCUGUUUCUUGAUGCACGAGCUUUCCUUACCUCAAAAUGCACACAUCCAACAGCGCUUGCGAGACGAGAUCAACAACAGUCAAGACAAGAGUUUUGAUCAACUACCUUACCUGGAUGCGGUGGUCAAAGAAGGACUUCGAGUUUUCCCACCCAUUCCUAUGAGCUUCCCUAGAUACACACCAGACUCUGGAACUACGUUGGAUGGUUACUAUAUCCCUGGACACGUUAUUGUGUCUUGUCAACCUNUCACGCUACACAAGGAUCCUGUUGUUUUCCCUGCAUCAGACAAGUUUGAUCCACAGCGAUGGCUUGAAGAUAAGGGGGAAUUAGAGCGCAAUCGUAUGUUCUUUGCUUUCUCGCAAGGUGCCCGAGGGUGUAUUGGAAAACAUCUGGCUCUGGCUGAGAUGAAAAUUCUGCUCAGAGAGGUUUAUGGACAGUACAGAACAGUGUUGGGCAAGGAGAAGGCGGACAUGCGGUUUGAUGAUCAAGUCAUCUCUUCCAGACCGAAGGGGCAAAAGUGUCGAUUGCAGUUUCAGAGGGUUGUU